GAAAGUGAUCUUCACACUGGUCAAAACGGUUCCCAUCAAAAGUCAGCCCAUCUUGAGCAUAUCAUCGCUGUUGUUGCACCGUCUGCGGUUGAAACAAUAGUAGUCUACCAGGAUGGUUGUUGUUUUCUUACUGUUUUUCGGAGGCGAUAGAUUUCUUCAGUGGAUUUGGGACUUCAUAUAUGCGGAACGUCAUUUGCUCCUCAUGACACCCCACUUAAGCGUGUGCGCAGCUUUCGGCAUUCACCUCAUCCUCUCUGCUCCUUUCAUGCUUCUGGAUGUAUUCAGUCCACAUGUGGGAUGGCUCCAAAAGUACAGGUUACACCGUGAAGUCGUUGGCUUGCAUCAGUGGUUUCGAUGUGCUAUCCAAAUUUUCUGGAAAUACAUCAUUGGCAUUUUACCAUUUACUGCGCUGUUUCUGUCGUUACGGAGCACGCAUUUGCCGGAGAGAGCGCCGUCCUCUUUCCAUGCUUUCAAGGAAUGCGUCUCAUGCAUGCUCGUGUUCGAUACGCUCUUCUUCAUCUGUCAUUACUCCAUUCACAAAAUUCCCUGGCUAUACCACAACAUCCACCGCAUUCACCAUCAGAACAGGGACACUUUUGCUCUGGCAGCUCAAGACUCCAGUAUUUCUGAACUGUUGACUCUACAAUCCCUUGCAUUUACAAGCGCCAUGCUUGUGGGCUGCCACCCUUUUAGUGAAAUCCUUUUCCAUCUGGUUAACACCUGGAUGGCUGUGGAGGACCACUGUGGAUAUGAAUUUCCUUGGGCACUGCAUCGGUUGUUGCCAUGCUUUGGCGGGGCGCCACACCACCUGGCCCAUCAUCAGCACUUUAAAGGGAACUUCGCCCCUUACUUCAAACACUGGGAUUACAUCUUCGGGACCUCAUUGCCUAUUUUAGCAAAUGAGUGAGACAGUACAUAGGGUGAAUCCAGGUUAAUUAAUAUUUGACAGUGAGAAUGAGACAAUUAGAUGUAUAUGAAGUACCUAUUGUAUCUGAUUUCACCCUAUAUGACCUGACAUAUGUGACCCAGGUCCACAAAACCAAUCUUAAGAGUAUAUU